CCAAGAUGGUGGCUGACGGUGCUCGUUCUGUGGCCGUCCCGCUCCCAGGAGGGACCCCUCCGCCUGAGGUGAAACCCAUGGUUAAGAAUUUGAAUUUCUGCUUGUUUGGAAAUGCUGCACAUUGUGAAAACAGGAGCUGCGAGGAGGACCCAGUUAAGCAAAGUGAAACGUUCAGUUAUUACAAGCCACAGGUAAACAGCGCUAAGCAAGAAAUGAACACACAGUUGUUCUCUCCCUUGUUUGGGGGAAUUACUAAUACACCACCCAAUGUGGAAUCUCCCCAGUUAUACAGUAGCUGGUCAACAUGUGGAGAUGAGACCAGUGCUGUUGCUUCCUUGCAAGACUGCAGGAAAAAAAGGGCACAGAUAAAUCUGUCAUACUCUGGUAGCGGGCCUGAUAUGUUUGGUUUAGUGUCAAGCAUCUUGGAGGAACCAAACAAGCAAGAACCUGUAACAGACUGGAAUGCUCUUUCAAGAUUGUUUCCACCCAUGUGGUCAUCAGAAAACAGUUUCUCAGGACUUUUUCCUAAAAGUAUUUUGGAAAAUAAAGAUUUGACUAACCUAGUCAGUACGCUGAACCCUUACGAAGAAAACACGAGAGACUCCACAGAGUCAUUAAAGAAAGACCUUGACGAUUUCCGCCUUACAGGAACUUGGCAUGCGCUUUCUGAUGCUUGCACUCAGUCUCCUGAAAAGGUUUUCAGGGAUGCUGUUCCCACAAACAAGGCUUUUAAAAGGAAUGGAAUCAAUCAUCAAGACAGUCUAGAAUAUCAGAACAUACACAGUUACGAUAAGAAGCAAUUAAAUAACGGCAGUGGAAAGAGCCGUACAGAUUUUCACACUUUUUCAUCUCAAGCUAGAAUAAAGGGUAGUACUAAUAAAGAAUAUCCAAAAAUGGAUAAAGCAAGAGGAAUGCUUGGGGGAAAUGAUCCAGAAGGACCAAGCCAGUACUUCAGCCAACUGUGUAAUAAUUCCGAUGGCAUUUGGGACCUAGUGACCGAAGAAAACAACUUGUCCCCUGAAAGAUACACAGAUUUUACCACUGUUAAUGAAUCACAGCAGUUUAGUUUUCCAUCCUUUUACAUUUGUGCAACAACAUCCAAUAAGGAAAAUAGUUUUCCCGAUGGAAUGAAUUCAAAAUGGCAGGAAACCUACCCACAAAACGCACAUCAUAGUAUUAAUACAGAAAUAACCUUUUGUAAUCCUGAAUGUAAAAUCCCUGAACAUCCUUCAAAGGAAUCCUGUAAUUCCUUGCCUCUAAAACCGAUUGAACAGAAUGCAAAUUCAUCUUACAAUGGAUACACCUGGUUGGAUACCAAAAUACUAAAUACAGCGACAGCAUCAUGUGUCACUUACGGGAAGCAAAUGAAUUCUCAGCUGUCUUCAGUUCACUCUUCCGUUGAUCAUUCUGUCGCCCAGCCUUCCUGUCCACAGAUGUCACCUGUGUCGUCUUCAAGAAAAAAUGGGAAAUUGCAGAUGCCCAACAACAUUCCCAGUAGCUCAGGGCUUUCCACCUCCGAAAAGCAUAAGAAACAGAGCCCUAUGAGAUGCUCCCAGAAUGCUUCAUCAGUGACUUCAGAAGGACUCUGUGGUAAAAUACCUGUUAAUGCCUCCCCCAGCUGGCUAUCACAGCAGUGUUCUUCAAACGAGUCUGCAAAAUAUCAUAGAUUUCAUAACAAACAAAGCCAAUACAGUACUAAUGAAAGAACGGUGCAGAACGACAGAAGAGGUAAAAAUAACCGGAUUCUGCACCCAGGCUAUGCAGGCCUAAAUCAAGCUCAGUUUGAUGCCUUGAGAAGAAAACAAGAUCAGAACGGUAGCUUGGCAGACUUCAUCAAUCCUUCUUUCCUUCCUCUUUUCCCGUUAGUGUCUGGCUAUACCCACGCACCGAACUUUCCUCCAUUUAAUUCUCAUCCUUUCCCGUCGCCAGUAAAUGUUGCCUUUUCCCCGUUGCCCUUCCCAUUUUCUGAACUGGUUGACCUCUUUCACUACGAUGAUUUUCACCACUUGAGUCCCUUAAUUACCGACCUCUUCUGCGGAGAUGUAGCUGCACCGUGCUUUGCCUUUCCACCGCCUUUUAACAACUACAGGCCUCCAAAGAAUCGUAGUGGUCCUGCAAACGAGCUCCAUAUUCAUCUAGAAGAAUGUUACGAUCAGUGGAGGGCGCUAGAGAGGGAACGGAAAAAGGCGGAGGCAGAUCUAGCAAGAAACUUCCCAGGGAAGCGAAUAUCCAGUUCAAAUAACACUCCAUUUUCCAAGCUCCCUGCUAAGCCUUCCCGAGUGGAUCGUUUGAUAGUGGAUCAGUUCCGAGAACAGGCGAGAGUGCACACUUUAAUAGGAAAAAUGGGAAGGCUUUGUGGCAUUCCUGUCCAUACCAACAUAGCCGUCACUCUGGCACGUCAUUUGGAAGCCAUCCACGCAACCCAAGCAAGGCGCAAAGAUGAGAUCGUGAAUGCUGCCAAUCCUCAGAGGCAAGGGACAUCUCGUUACAGUAACGAAAAGGAUGUCCUUGCUCUGGCAGCUGCCAUUAAAGAUUUGGCGUUCUCCACACGAAAAACUCGUACAGCUUUAUGGUGCGCUCUUCAGAUGACUCUCCCCAAAACUUCAGCCAGCGCUUCAGUGAAGGAGGAAGACGUCGAAAGGGCGUUGCGGGAGCUCUGUCCUGUCACCGGCCACUUGCAAGGGAAGACCGGUGUGGACCAUGAAGACAAGGAAAACAAGAGAGAGAACCACGAAGAGCCCCAACGAGUCAUCAGAUGAGCGGGUCCAAAAAACAAAUCUUGUAGUCGUGUGGAAAAUGCAUUAGGCAGUCAGCAAGGCUCACUAAUAUGUGAUGUUUCCACUGUUGUGGCUCAAGUUUAGAUAUAUGCAUCUGUGUUAAUAGUGUUGAAGCCUUCUUAAUAUUGGUGGUGUUGUGUUGUGUGCUGUGUAAAAUAGAAAGAUUGACUGAUAAGGAAAGACAAGCAAUAGUAGAUAAUUUUCCUACCCACCAAUCCAAAGCCGGGACUCGUGCCACUGACUGGGAAACCAGUGAACAGCAAAGCUAGUUAAGACAUUUUACAAAUUGAAUAUGUCUUUGCCGUGCUGGUUCAUUCAUUCUUGAGUUUAUAACUACAGAUAUUUGAAGUGCCAAAGGGAUUACUAAAUACUGGUUGAGUGUGUUGUGAAUCAAGUACCAAUAAUGCAUAUUUCGGUUGUAGCAUUGUCAGGAACUGAACUUGAUAAUUGAGCAGUCAGCCAUGAAUGUUGUUUGCAUUACUUGGGUGUUGCCAACCUGAACUUUAAGCUGAGCCAGCUCAGACUUCAGCUUCCCACUCUGGUGGGCUCCUGGUUAAAAUCAGUAGGCUUGAUAACAAGAGCUUAAAUAUGUUGCAGUAAAUGCCGUUUUAUGACGAGCAUUAGCCAGUGAGAUUAACUUGUCCCUUAAAAUUAGUAAUGAUGCCGUAGUGGCUUAAAACUAACUUGGUAUGCACUUAAUGAAAAAUUGGUUAAUGAUUUGAGUAUUUAUUUUAAUGGCUAAUAUAUUUUAAUUUAAUUUUAACAUAUACUUUGAUCAUUUACCAGAUCUAAUAUUCACUCAGGAAGUCUGUGUGUGUUUGUGUGUGUGUGUGUGUGUGUGUGUGAUCUAUAAAAUAUACUCGUAGCUUAUUAUGUUCAUAGAAUAGUUACAUAAGACUAACUCUGUACUAAGUUACCAAAGCAGGCUAAUUUAUUUUUGCAUGAGGAAAUUCUGUGUUUAAUUGCUGUUAGGCUUCAUGCUACGUCUCAGACAAUCAAACAUGUUACAUGCCAUUGUGAAUGUGCAAAAUGAAAAACUGAUGGUGUCCUUCUGUCUAGAUUUUCCCAGACAUUCUUUGGUUUUGCUCAUUGUAAGUACAUGUCUGUCCCCCACCCCUUCCAUAGUGCAAUUAGGGGCAGUUCCACGCAAACAAAGGUGUGUUGCAUGUACACACAAAGCUGUUCCUGACAGUGCAGUGAAUGAAGGAGAGGGGUGCGAGUGCUGGAACCCCUGUACAUGCAAGGAAUCUCUGGAUAAGAUGUUUUGGAUGCUUAGGCACUUAGGAAUGUUAAUAUUAGUCUUACACAAUUAGAAAAUAUCUCUGCAAUAACCAGGUAAAGUGUUUGUUUGUGAAGAGAAGUUACGAGGACUUGAUUGAAAAAUGAGGGAUAUUGGGGGGAAAAACACUCAAAAGGCUUGGAACGAGCUUUACUUGGUGAUAAAUUGGAUACUGUUCUAGGAAACGUAACGAAUAGGUUCUCUGUAGUUAUUCCCAACAGUAUUUGUAUAGAAAUGGUUUAGACUAAAUAUAGCAUGAAGAGGACAAGAAAUUUGAUGUAUUCAAAUACCUCGCCUUCUCCUCCUUCAGUUUGAAUCUUUGAAAGGCACAUUUUUUCUGAAGGGUGCCACAUUCUUACAGAAACGUAUAGUCUAUUCUCAGCCUUAGAUUUAGUUUAGAGAUAAAUGCUUAAGAAAUUAACACUGUGUGUUCAUUUUGCACUUAAUGUCAUGAGGUCAAACGUGUUUUUGUGAAUUAAAAUUAGUUUAUGGUAUGAGGAGAUGAUUGGAUUUAACUCUUGUAAUAUUGCAGUGUUAGAAAUUGUAAUUUUACUGUCUUCUUUCCUGUUUACAAAAUUAUUGUACUUCUCCAGAACUGUGGUGGUGGUAGCACCCUGAGUUCUUGCUUUGUGAGGAAAUUAUUAAAAAUGUGGUUAUAAUUGGUCUUGGUAAUGUGCCUUUAAGAGUCUUAAAAAGGUAAGUAUAACUGUGUGCUCACUUUAUUUUGUCGUAACUGAGCAAUAUAUUUAAAGGGAUUAUAACAAGCUGCAUUUGAUAGCUAAUUGUUUAUGAUAGGAAUGUUUCAUAAUCAAUUUCCAGUACUGGGUUUCUUAGCUUUAGAAUACAUGGGAUGUAUCCGUAAUAUUUUGCCUAUAAAAGCAUCAACUCUCCUCUUAACUGUACUCUCGCUGCAUCUUCUGGCUGUCUUCGGAAAAGGGCAUUGAUUGACGCCUGCCAAAGGAUGAGAACUUUAUGCAUGCGUUGUGUAAGUUAAUUCUCAGCAUAGAGGUUUCAAGUCCCAGCUGCUUUCUACCAGUACGUUUUCUUGUCUGGGAUGUUGUUUUACCUGCCUACAAUUUUGACAGCGGCCUUUCGGUUGACAGUCACACGGCAUUCCUGGCCAUUAAGUUUUGGCCGAGACAUGAUGCGCUUGGGCUCCUAGACCUGAUUGGAUUCAUUAGAUGCUGGAGAGGGAUACUGGCUCAUUGGUUAUAGUGUUGUCUGGCUGGAGAUGUGUAGUAUUUGCUCCACAAGUUAGCAGUGAGGGGGAGGAACUGGACAAUCUGAACAGUCGGCUGACCGAGUUGAAUGUUCCCCAAAAGCUCUGAAAUAUUUUUCUCAUUUUAUUCAAGGCAACACAUUUCCGCUUGUAUUCUGCAUUACCUCAGCCUUGUUAUUUAUGUAGAGAGGUUUAAUGAAGUUUGAGUAAGACCAACCUGAGUGCUACAAGUGGAAGAGGGUGGGGGGGGGCUGUCUUCAUUGUAAAAACCAGUGAUUCCCCUGCCCAACAACACGUUUAAAGAGUGAAUGCUGGUAUGUUGUGAUGUCACACAGAUCUCGUUGGAACUCGGCUUUGCGCACUCAAAUACCUGAUGUGUUAAAUUAUGCAGAAUAGGUAUACAUGGUUAGCUUUUUAUCGUAAGUGCUUUGACAAGAUUUGUGAUAUUUUGUGUGCGUGUUACUAAACUUGUGGAAAGCCAUUCUGUUGUUGUUCUGCGCGGCAGCUGUGGUGGUAAAGUGGAGCCUGGUAGCAGAGACUUAACAGAGCAAUCCUAGGCAGAGUUAUCCCAGUCCAAGCCCCUUGAAACCAGUGGGCUUACACUGGAGUAACUCUGCUUAGGAUUGCGGUGUGAAAGUAGUUCAGUCGGAGCCCAGUAACUAUAUACUUCAGCGUGUGCCGAAUUCUGCUUCUUGUUUUGUUUAUGCAGGAAUGACUGACAACCUGGAGACCACAGUGAACUAUUUCGUUCUAAAGGCUGUUCGGCUUUGCCUUAGAGGGAGUUGGGUGUGAUAUUUCUUCAUGUGGCAACUAGCGCAUUCUAAUUCUCCAGAAAUACUGGCCUACUAUUUUAUAAAACUUCAAUUGAUCAUGCAACCGCCAGAACUGAGUGGUGCUCACACAUGGAUGUGGAAGGACUUGUCUAGGUCAAGUAUGGUUUGUUUCCCCCCUAACCAACCUGCUGGGGCUAUAGUUUCUGUGAAAGCAGAACAAAGCCCCACGAGGCUGUGGCAUGCUGUGGACUUUGGGCAUAUUUUUUACAGUAAAAACAACGGUGGACAAAGCCGGUGUCGUGAUUAUAAAGCCCCAGUUGGUUUUUAGAAUUACUUUUUCAUUAGACCUGAGUACGUUUGGUUAUAAAGCUUUUCUUCUUCUUGAAUGUUUGGUGUCAAGAAAUUUCGGAAAGAAAAGUUGUCUUGGUGGGGGGGGGGGGGGAGUAGGAUGGUGCUUUUAUUUACAGCUGAGUAAAGAACUGUAGGCCCUCAGUUGACAAGCUUGCAGGCUUUUGAGAGUUUAGUGUUUUGGGCUUUGUUUUUAAUCUUUACUUGGUUGGACAGCAACCCGAUUCUUUAGAUUGUUCCUUGCAUGGUUUUUUAUGAGCUUCACUCACCAGCACACUUAACAUUUUUUUUGUAAACCUUUCUAUGAAAUUAUGAAAAUCAAUAGUUGUAUUUGUGAAUGCUUUUGCAAGAGACGCGUGUCGCAUCUUGCCCACUUGGUUUUUAAAGGCUGCGAGUCCUCUUAAUUUUUUUUAAAAGUGUGUGUGCAUUUGUUAUAUAUUAGCAAUACGGUUUGUGAUGAAAAAAGAGGUUACUUACCCAGCUUGUCGACAGGCAAAGAGUUCAUGAGGAACUUUCUGUCAAACAAAUUGACUAUAAUAUGGCUGCUUUGCAGAUAAGCUUUAAUAAUGUUUGUACGUGGUGGCAAAACGGACAAGACUGGCAAGGAAGAGAUUGGAUGUGGGCUGUGGAUCAGCUGGAAGCAGCUGCUGUGUAAGAGACACAGAAAUAGAGCUUUUACUGCAAAACUAAGCAGUUUCCAGUGCUUGUGGGAAGCAAAGCUUGCUUUCUUAUUUUUUAUUAUGGAUAAAGGGAAGACACACACGGUCUGUUUUAAUACAAUCUUUGUAGUACAACAUCUUGUGCAUCGUUACCCAAUUUUGUUGAACUGUAGUAACUUGUACACUGCUAGGGCUGUGUCAAAAAAGCCUCCUUACAAGUAUCUUGAACAGAUAACGUGUUUCUCCGGAGGUCAUUUGCUAUAAGAGACUCGAUCAUUGGUCAAUUUAGGUGCUGAUUCCUUGUGUCUGGAAACAACUGUGGACUUGAAAGCUGCAAAAAUCUCACUUCUACCUCUGUUGUAACUUUCCAGAUGACGAUCAAGUUCAUUCUGUGCUGGCCAGCUGGGGUUGGGGCGUACCUCUGUUAAAUGUUUUGAUUAAAACACCGAUGCCUCGCAUAGGCAGACAUUCAUUUGUGUGAAAUCAUUUAACAUAGAGUAUGUACACUUUCAGAUUACACUAAGAAAACAAUUCGACAGUAGGCAGCUGCUGAACGUUCCAUUGUGAAUCUUAAGGAAAUCAUGGUCAGUAAAACGUUCUCGGGUUGUUUCAUGUGGAUUUUUUCCCUUAUCUAAACUGAUAUGUGCCUGAUUGUUAACCACUAGUAUUCAAUUUUAUUAUUAAUUUUCAGCUGUUUCCCAUGGUAACUUUUUCCUUUCUGUAAUUGUCACUGAAAAUAUCUGUUACAUGUGCUGGCAAACAAUAAAAUAUUUACUA